AUGGCAGCUGCAGGCCCCGCUUGGCUCUCUGCAAAAUAUCUGGAAGAAGCACUGCAACGGCACUAUCAGCAACCACAACUACUUAAAGUUUCCUUGCUAACACGCAUACGUAAAUUGUAGGUGGUGGAAUAUCAGAUAGCCAAGACCACGCUGGUUGACGAGGAUGCGGAUACACGAUAGAACAUCUACAAUCGCGAGCUGCAGAUUUAUGAGCAGGUGAUGCCGCAACUGCAGCCACUGGCAGGAGAGAGACUAUGCCCCAAAGUCUUGCUCAUCGGUCGGGAGGGAGGAGCGCUAGUCAUGGAGGACCUCAGCAAGAAUGAUUAUGUAAUGGCAUCGCGUUUGGAGAGAUUUGAUGAGCAGCAUUUGAGAUAAGUGGUCAGAAAAUUGGCACUGAUCCAGGUAGCGGCAGUGCUGGAGGAUAGGAUACUGGACGAUGGCAACUCCCUGAUAAAAUGAAGCUUUCGUUCGAUUUUCGUGGGCUGUCUGAUGUCGUGUGCGGACAAGCUCAAGACCCAACCGGGCCUUGAAAAACAUUCAGAAUUGUUGGAGCAGCUCUCGCCUCAUUAUAUGAGACAGGCAUUGCGGUGCUUUCAGCCCGACGCCGAGAACAUAAAUGUGCUGACACUCGGCUACGGUUGGACAAACAACAUGAUGUUCAAGUAUGGGUGAAAGGCUGAGUCAAUCGAUGUGCUGCUGAUUGACUUUCAGUAUGCCUUUCUGGGCUUCCCCACGCUGGACAUUCAUCAUCUGUUGAAAACCACAGCGGCGGAGAUUGUUUAUGAUAAGGUGUCUGUCUGCGAGUUGCAGAGGCUGAAGUUCCAGGGUCAAAGGCUGCCCAGUCGGAAACAGCUUCAUUUGAAUUCGGAGCAGAAGCGUUUUUAUUCUGUCCAUUGUGGUCUUCUGCAACCUGUGCUGCUCAACAAGGAUGCUUCGGAUGCAGAUCUCGCAGCUUUGCGCUCGGAUGAGCCUAGAGGAAUGAACAUGAAGCGCAGACUGUACCUCAACGAAGCUAUUCAGGCAAGCAUUAGGCAACUGGUUACAGCAUUCGAACUGGAGGGACUGCUAGACCCACAGCAAUAUGAUGGACUUGCCCCUAAUGAAGAGGUUUCUGGCUGCUUUUGA